AUGUCUGCCCCAAAUCCAUUAUUAGCUGAAAUCAACAAAGGUGCUGAUUUAAAACACACCGAAACCCAAGAUAAGAGUGCCCCAAAGAUUGGUUCUGAUGUCCACAUUAAGAAGAACGAUCACGCAAGUUUACUUUCCGAGGUUGAACAAGGUGCUAAAUUAAAACACGCUGAGACUGAUGAUAAAUCUGCACCAAAGAUUAAUGAAAAUACUACAAUUAAACCAAACAAUCACUCUGCAUUAUUAGGUGAAAUUAAAGCAAAGGCUGCCGAUAGUUAA